AUGAAGUUCACCUGGACCAAUAACCGCGUAGGCCAUGACAAUGUCAUGUCCAAGAUUAACAGAUGCUAUGUCUCCAAGGAAUGGGUGGAUGAUCCAGACAUCUCGCUGUACCUGGAGGUGCUCCCAAGAACCAUCUCUGACCAUAAUCCUAUUUUGCUUUAUAUUUCUAAGCUCAUGUUUAGAACUUGGGGUCAUUCCCCAUUUCGGCAUUUUCAGUAUUGGCAGGACAUAAUAGAUUACGGUGACCAAGUUCUUUCAGCUUGGACGGUGGAUACAAGGGGUUGCGCUGUGAUUAAACUCAUCCUCAAAUUGGAGGCUAUCCGAAAGUGUGGUGUAAAGGGGAUUGCUACUGGGAGGAGGAGGCAGAAUAAAAUCAAAACCAUAUCCCAUGAGGGUCAGCUCUUAACUGAAACUCUAGAGAUUUUUACAGCUUGCACAGACUACUUUGCCAGCCUUCUAGGGACUACUGAACGCUCAGGGUGCUUACCUCAUACACUCGCUUGGGGUCUGACUGUGUUGCCAAAGGAGAAUGCCGAUCUUUUGAAACCUAUUAGAGAAUCUGAAAUCGCCUGGGCAGUCAUGGAGGCGGAUAGGGACUCCGCACCUGGUCCAGAUGAGUUUGGCAAUAGCUUCUUUCAAAGCAAUUGGCUCAUUGUGUAG